GGUGAAAUAAACCCCACUGAUUUAAUAGAUCAUAUGCCGAUGCUGGUUCAGUUCUGUUGCUUGUCCCACAGAGUGUCCCUAAACCUAAUCACUCCUCAGUGUUCGCUACAUGAACCUGGAUAUAUAGAAAGUAGUUCCUCUUGUCUCAGCGCCCGCCUGUGCAAACAGAUGUGGUGAAAAUACCGAGAACUUACCUCAGAGCUCUCGUGUUACCCAAGUUUUGAGUUACUUGUGUCAAACAUGUUGCAAGCCUUUUGACUAAAUGAAUAACAGAACUUGUCUUGUGCAGGAUUAAACUGUGGCAGUCUGUGCAGCUGACACCUGACACCCCCUAACCCAACUUCGAAUACACACACACACACACUUCUACUUGGCUGCACUCACAAAUAGAUCCCCUGGCUUGCUGUCAUGGCUCUGCGUAUGAAAAGGGCUUGGCUGGUAAUGAGGUCGCUCACUUACUGUCCGUCGUCCGUUCAGUCUGCUGCACGUCAGGAGAGACAGAAGCACCAGAACCCAGAAUGUCGGACCAGUCGGCGUUUGACACGGACGUAUGGACCCUCACCCGGUUCGUCAUGGAGACGGGCCGCCAGGCUAAGGGGGCAACUGGUGAGUUGACCCAGCUCAUCAACGCCAUGCUGACCGCCAUCAAAGCCAUUUCCUCUGCUGUGCGCAAGGCAGGCCUGGCUCACCUGCAGGGCUUGGCGGGCUCGGUGAACGUGACCGGGGACGACGUGAAGAAGCUGGACGUGCUGUCUAACGACCUGGUCAUCAACAUGCUGCAGGCCUCCUACGGCACCUGCUGCAUGGUGUCUGAGGAGAACAAAGAGCUCAUCAUCACCCCCAAAGACAAGAGGGGAAAGUAUGUGGUCUGCUUUGACCCUCUGGAUGGCUCCAGUAACAUCGACUGCUUGGCUUCCAUCGGCACCAUAUUUGCCAUCUACAAACGAGUAUCUGAAGAUGAACCAGUGGAGAAAGAUGCCCUGCAGCCUGGAAACAACAUAGUGUGUGCAGGCUACGCUCUGUACGGCAGCGCCACCCUGGUGGCCCUCAGCACCGGCGCUGGCCUCAACUUCUUCAUGCUGGACCCUGCCAUUGGUGAGUUCAUCUUGAUCGAGAGGAACGUGAAGAUCAAGAAGAAAGGGAAGAUCUACAGUCUCAAUGAGGGCUACGCCAAGUACUUCCACCCCUCCAUCAACGAGUACCUCAAGCACAAGAAGUACCCAGAGGAUGGCAGCUCCCCUUAUGGAGCUCGUUAUGUGGGCUCUAUGGUGUCAGAUGUUCACCGCACCAUCGCCUACGGAGGGAUCUUCAUGUACCCCGCCAACGAGAAGAGCCCCAAGGGAAAGCUGCGGCUGUUGUACGAGUGCAACCCCAUCGCUUUCCUCAUCGAGCAGGCGGGAGGCCUCGCCACCACCGGCACUCAGAGGAUACUGGACGUUCAGCCUGAGUCACUCCACCAGCGGGUGCCCUUCGUGGUCGGUUCCCCUGAUGAUGUCAGCGAGUACCUGUCCUUCGUCAAGAAGUUCCAGUAAAGCUGCAACAGCUUCGUUUAUGUCUGGAUAAUCUCGCUAUUUCUCUUCAAGUCUGUGUCCUUGAGAUCAGAGGAACUGCUGUAAAUGUAUAAGAGAUUAUAGAAUAAUAGUUCAAAUAGCAAUUUUUGUGACAUUUAAUCCAUCAGGAAUAAUUAUGCUUUGCAGAAAAAGAAAUCUUCAUCACAUCACAUAGAACAUGACAAGUGCAGUCAUGAAAUGUUUCUGCACAUCUCAGCUUGUCCUUUUUCCUCUUUUUGAACAAAAUCACAAUCAGGUACUUUAACAUUUAGAAGUCAUAAAAUAAACAUUUUUCAAAAG